GUGGCGAGCUGGCUCGUGUGAUGGCUAUCCUUGCGGUGUGCUGGGAGCGCCUCCUCCAGAGCACGGCGGACCGGUCCGGCGGGCUGUGAGCGACCUCCGGGAGGCUGAGGGGCCGCCAGCGGCGCCCACGAGCUGGCAGUCAGAGCAGGACCCGCCGCCGGGCAGCACGGCCGCGCUCUCGAGGACGGUCCGCUGUCGCCGCGUCUGUCCGUCUGUCCGCCGGUCGUCUGUCCGUCUGUCCGUCGGUCGUCUGUUCGUCUGACGAGUGUUGACGAGGCUCGCCACCUCUUGUUGAUUAGUCGCGACCUGUGGAUAGCAGUGGAGAGGGCGGAUCCUCAGGACAUCGCCUUCUGCCAGGCUACCCAACUAGGAACAACGGCUUCUCGGCAAUUGUGAUCAGGGAGGAACACAGGAGCUGACUGGAAGAACUGUCACUGGCCAGCCACGCGCGAAUAGCUGAUUCUGCCGUCCUGUUCGUCUCACUGCAGCCGCGAUGCCACCUGCAACACCUAAAGGCACAUCGUGCCGUGUGGCACCAGUCACGCUGGUGCUGGCGUUGGUGUUGGUGACGCCGCUGGUGCCUGUGGUGCAGUCUGAACCGGCCUAUAGACAGUCGGCCUUCCUGCCACCGCUGGGUCGCAGCGCGCAGGGCCGAUACCAAGGACCCAGCCAGGUACAGCACAUCGUCCAUGUUCCAGAUCAGCGCAGCAACGGCUUCAACGGGUUCAGCUCCGGCGGCGGCAGCGACGGCUCCGUGGUCAUCAGCCCGCUCGGCACGGGCUCAACGUCCAGCUACAGCGACCGGCCCGGGCUCAGCCGGGGUCCGGUCAUCACAAUAUCCGGGUUCGGCGGCACCAUCACCAUCUCUCCGGGACCGGUCACCAGCACCGGCACCAGCACAGGCACAACCUCUAUCCAUACUGGCACCGGCUCGAACCCCGCGUAUGUCUCCGACUCGGGAUCUGACUUCGGAUCUCAGCUGAACACGGGAGGCGGCAUCGUGACGAGCUCUACCUACGACGGCACCACCGGCGGUGGCACAUUCAUCUCAAGCUCUCUCGGCGACUCUAGUCCUAAUCCUCCUCAGAAUGAAUUUGUCUCCGGCCCUGAGUUGACCACCUACAGCGGGUUUGAUUCUGGAACACAGUCAACCUCUGGUUUUAUCGAUGGAACGAAUUCCAACUCCCAGUUUCUGACUAGCACUGACGUUAACUCUGGCUUCAUAGGCACACCUACCCCUAAUUUCAACACAGGAUUUCAUCAAAACUCUGACAUCGGCUUUAGUCAUUCCACAAUCUCAGAGCCUAGGAAGAUCACAAACUUCGUUAGCGGACCCGACUCUAGCUUCACAACCACCAUCUCCAAGACACCCGCCUUUACCAGUCUAUCCCACAGCUCCGACACCAUCCCUGCAACCAGCUUCGACAGCCAGCGUGGGAGCACCGUUGGAACCAGUUUCCUACCGCACACGAGCAUCACAACCACGGGUACAAGUCGCAGUGUGGGAGUGAGCAGCCCACAGGAUACCUCGUCUAAGGUGCCGAAAAGCACCGUGUUCGGCCCCAACUUCGGCAAGCUGCCCGGUCACUCGCGCAGAAAGUUGUGCAAGAAGAUCGUGGAUCUGGAGGCUGAGUUCGACCUGAGGCUCAUCCCGUACAACAUCCCAGUCAUCGGCCCGGAGGUGCCGAGCACCGGCUGUCCCCGGGACCAGAUCCGGUUCGGCAGUCUGGACGGACCCUGUAUCCGCGCCCUUGAGCGAGGAUCCUGCAGCGAAAACCAGUGGAUCCUGUUCGACAACGUCACCAAUGUGGGGACGUGUCAGGAGCGGCUCUGCCCUGUCGGAACGGCCUUCGUGGAGGCGGAUGGGCUAUGUCACGACCAGUUCGAGGUCGACUUUUGUCCAGGUGACCGGCUGAUUCAGGUGACCGCCUCCGGCGAGUCUGUGUGCGGCUGCGACGACGGCUGGUACCCGGACCGCUGCGGCGUCUGCCAGCUCAUCUUCAGCCACGACGGCUGCCCGUCCGGGCUGGCGCACCAGUUCAACACGCGCUUCGAGUUCCGCUGUCUGCCCACACCGUGCCCGAGGACCCGGCCCGUCCAGCUGCCUGGCGGGAAGGGAUGCUCCUUCUUCGGAGGGUUCUGCGAGCGUACCGAGAACAACGUCACCGUGCCGGGCGUCUGGGGUUUCCUCACCGACUCGCUGACGGUCGCCUGCAUCUCCGACGAGGCGACCGUGUCGCGUCGCCGGCGUGACGUCACGGAGGUGUCCGAGCCCGACACGACCCCGGGUCACAGCGGCGCGCGCUUCCGACGUGCCGUGUUCGGCGGAGGAGCGCCCGUCAACAGUUGUCAGCCAGGAGCCCGCUCCGACUUCAACGCCGCCUGCCGCAGCGCGGCUGUGCCCGCCAGGAGCCGUCGGGCCACGUCGACGAACGCUCCCACCUGUCCGAGGGGAGGAUCGAUGGUGAACGGAAAAUGCUCAGGAGGCGGAGAUGACCUGGGCAAAUGAAGGAGAUAAAAAACUACGGACAAUGCAACAAUCGACAACACGUCUGGAGAGAAAAUGUCGGAGCGGGGUAGUCUUUGAAGAUGAAGUGCACUGGCAUAUUAUGCUAUUAUCCUACUUGUGUGCCAUAUUCAUAUGUGUACGGUUAUGAUUCCUUUGUAUGAUAUGCCUCCAUGUAAUAUAAUGGUGUUUUGU